AUGGCACAAGAAGAAGUAGUCAAUGUGAGGGUGGACUCGCUGGGGGAUGAUGAUGCGGAGGAGUUAGCAGCGCGAUACAGGACGGAGACACAGAUGGUGGGGGUGGGGGAAUCGCAGGCGUCGGCCCUGAUAUUGGCUCCAAAGCCACUAAGCCAGGUAGAGCCAGAUCAGUGGCACACUAAGGCGGACAAAUCCACACUCACGACGGCGGAUUUGGAGGUUAUCAGGGAACGAUACCAGAUUCCGGCGGAGCCGAAGAGCGGAGACCUCGGCCGGGCAGAAUUGGAGGCGAGGAGAAAAGCUCAGGAGGUAGAGGAUCGGGCCGUUCUGGCCAAGGCCACGAAGUUGAAGGAAGCGCAAAGGGACCGACCGCCUCAACCGAUUGCGCGGGAGAGGAUCCGACCGCGCCCAAGGCCGUUGGGGGAAAAAGAUUUAAGUAGUUUUGAGCCGCGGCCGCCUCCUGUAGACCCUAUAAAAGAACAGGCCAAAAAGGAGGGGGAGGCUCUGAAAAAGAAGAAGAAGAAGAUGAGUGCCCCAGAGGAAGCCGCAUAUGAGUCUGGGGCCAAGAGGGCUAAGGUGGCCCCAACUGAGGUGGAGGUCCCUCUGGCCAAGGACGCCCCAAAGGUGGUGGAGAUCAUCCCAACGGUGGAGGUUGUGGAGAUUGCUCCAACAGUGCAAAUGGAGGCUAGGCGGACUGAGGCGGUGCCGAGCGGAAGGGAACAGGUCCAGAAGAGGCCUGACCCCCAAGAAGGAGGGAAAAGGUUGGAAGAGUCUAAAAGGGCAUGCGCCGUGGCAGUCGAGCGGCAUGAAGAAGCCAUGGUCAGCAAUGAAGAGCUGGUUAGGCAAAAGGAUGAAGCAGAUUCCAGAAUUGGAGAUCUGUUGAAGGAGUUGGGGGAGGAGCGCGCCAGAGCAGAGGAGGAGAAGGGGAGGCUUCUGAGGGAGUGGGAAAUAGAGAAGGCGAAGGCGGUGGCGGAGCUGGAGAGUCUGAAGAAGGGGGUGGAAGAGGAGAGGGCGACAGCGGCUGCUGAAAGGGGGGCCCUGCAAAGAGAGCUGGACGAGGAGAGGGCGAAGGCGGCAUCUGAAAGGGCGGCCUACCCUGAUCUGUGCGUCGCAGCAGUGGAGCAAUAUAAAGGGUCCCCCGAAUUUCAGAUGGUGGUAGACGCCGCUGUCGCCAAGAGUCUGGCUGGGCAAGAGUCUGGGGGGGUGGGCCCAUCAAGGAAGACUGUUGGAGUGCUCAGCCUGGCUGAGGCUUUGAGUGCUCCGACUGGCUGA